GUGACGCGCUCGCGCGCGCGCUCUCCCCGCCUAGUGCACGCGGACCCGGAAGGAAGCCGCAGUCAGUGUGUCAGUCAGAGAGCGCGGCCGGUACCGGGGACACCGCCAUCACCAUGAGUGUAACCGGCACUGCCGGCCGGGGGAACACCGCCAGGGACACACUGCCUGCCGGACCGCCAGCCCCAGCCAGGGCCCUGCACGUAGAGCUACACAGCCAGCAGCGACGCCUCCGCCACUUGCGAUACAUCGCUGCAAGGAACAUCGUCAGCAAAAACAGAUACCGGUUAUUAGAUACCUAUUUCACACUUCACAUGUGUGACGACUCCAAAAUCUAUAAAGAAUUUUACAAGAGUGAAGUAGUGAAAGACUCCCUGAACCCAACUUGGAGAAGUCUUGACUUUGGCUUAAUGCCCGAUCGACUGGACACGUCGGUGUCCUGUUUCGUGGUGAGAAUAUGGGGUGGAAAAAAUGAAGUCUACCGGCUUCUGAUUGAGUGGCAAGUUAAUCUAGAUGGCCUAAAGUAUCUGGGUCCUCAGAUUCGUGCUUGUAACCCAAAUGAAAUCAUUUUUGGCCUCAAUGAUGGUUACUAUGGUGCUUCAUUUGAAUCAAAGAGUCUUACAGAGUCUCGUAGAAACAGCCAUCUGCAAGUGGAGCAGAGCUCUGUCCGAAACUCCUAUGGGGUGUUCUCUUUGCUCAGACUGCAUCGGGCACAGUGCGCAAUCAAACAAACUCAAGUAACUGUCCAAAAAAUUGGAAGAGAGAUUGAAGAAAAGCUACGCUUGACGUCCCUCAACAACCAGCUGAAGAAAGAGCGAGAGUGUCUGCGCUUGAAAAUACUGGUGCUUCAGGAUGAACUCGAGAGACAGAAAAAAGCUCUGGGCCGAGAAGCAGAUUUACUACAUAAAGGACUUAAAGCGGUGGAUGAUAAACGAAAUGCGUUUAACGUGGAACAUGAGAAGCUACAGAAACAUGGGGAAUCUCUAAAUAUGUCAAAUAAAGAGUGCACAGCAAAAAGGGAAUGCUUCUUGAAGGUGAAUGCUCAGUUGACUUAUCGCUGUCGCCAGCUACUAACCGAACUUGCCUGUAUUUAUCCAAUUGAUACGCAUGAUCAAAAGGAUUACUUUAUAUGCGGCGUGAAAUUGCCUAAUUCGGAGGAUUUUCAAGCAAAAGAUGAUGGGAGUGUUGCUGUUGCACUGGGUUACACAGCUCACUUGGUUUCAAUGAUUUCCUUCUUCCUGCAAGUCCCCCUGCGAUACCCCGUCCUGCACAAAGGAUCCCGAUCCGCCAUUAAGGACCAUAUCAACGACAAGCUUACAGAAAAGGAGAGAGAAUUCCCUUUGUAUCCUAAAGGAGGAGAGAAGUUGCAGUUUGACUAUGGAGUUUACCUUCUCAACAAAAAUAUUGCUCAGUUAAGAUACCAGCAUUCAAUGGGCACUACAGAUUUACGGCAAACUCUUCCAAACCUUAAAACAUUCAUGGAGUACGGACUAAUGGUCAGAUGUGACACCCAUCACGUUUCAAGUGCUAUCCCUGUUCCAAAGAGAACCCCAAGCUCCACGUUUGGAAGCCAUGAUGUUGGCUUUUCUAGCCGGACCCCUACUCCUGACAAAGGCAUACGAAAACGAGCGAGCUCAGAGAAUGAAAAAACAAUGUACAAAACCCCACCACCCAGCUACGUGUCUGCAAUGGCAGAGCCCAUGGCCAUUUUAAUUCCUCCAAAAGAAGUAGAGAAAAGAUACGUGUCCUCUUCUUUGGACGCUAGCGUGGACCUCUCAAAGGAAAAGGAUUUCUCUGAGAGCUUUAAUGGUAGCCUAAUGACAAGUGAUAGCAAUGACCAAAGCCAGGGGGAACAUUUCUCGGAUAAUUCAUGUUCACUGAAUGGGACACUGCUUCAGAAUGAAUGCAUAGAAUGCGCAAGUGAGGAACUGCCUUCUAAUAUCAAUUCUUCCCAAGUCAGUGAUUUGUGCUGCACUGUUGAGCAGGCAGAGGAGAUUAUUGGCACAGAAAGCCAGUUAGAAGCUUUUAAUUGCAUCCCCGUGGACAGCGCUGUGGCCGUGGAGUGUGACGACCAAGUGCUGGGGGAGUUUGAGGAGUUCUCACGAAGGAUCUAUGCACUGAAUGAAAAUAUGUCCAGUUUCUGCAGACCACGGAAAAGCUCUGAAAAAUAGUCACGAGCAAGUUUGUGGCAGAAAAGACAUGAUAUCUUUUUACAUUGAACAGGAAAAAGACGAUUUGUGCAGAAGGCUGUUAUGCUGAUGGUCUGAGUACCUUGAGUGUUUAUUACGUUUUCAUGAUUCCAGUUAUUUCUGUCCAGAGAUGUUUGUGCAUGUUUCGUUUCACUUUCCACAUUUUACAGAAAGAAAAUCCAAAUAAUUCU